AUGGUAUAUCAUGAAAAUGAUAGUGGUGUGGUGAAUGAUAAUGUAAAGGUGUGUGUCAGAGCAAGAGGUUUACUUGGAAGUAAUGAAGUGGGAAGGAAUACAUGUUUAACUGCUCUACCAUCACAAAAUGCGAUUAUGAUCAAUGCCAAACCAGACCCAAAGCUGUUUGCUUUCGACUAUGUUGCAGAUGAACAUACCACACAAGAACAACUGUUUGAUAGCGUUGCAAGACCAUUGGUAGAUUCUUUCAUCGGUGGUUACAACGCUUGUAUCUUUGCAUACGGUCAGACUGGCAGUGGUAAAUCCUACACUAUCAUGGGUGGUGGCGAUGUAAAUCAAUCCGAUCAAAAUGGUUUAAUACCAAGAACAUUUCAACAUUUAUUUACAACUUUAAAUAAUAAUCAAUCAUCAUCUAUAAAUAAUAGCUAUGAAGAUGAUAGUAAUGAUAAUAAUAACAAUGAAGAAGACAAUAGAUUACAAAGUUAUAAAUGUACAUUAUCAUUCUUGGAGAUUUACAAUGAACAGAUCAUGGAUUUGUUCGUCGAUACCUCACCGAAUCUCUCUAUAAGAGAGGAUAUCAAGAAAGGCAUCUAUGUGGAGGGUCUACGCGAGAUAGAGAUCACCGACACUCAAACCGCAAUGGAAUUACUAGAGAUUGGUAUAGCAAACAGACACGUUGCAGAGACUGCUAUGAAUUCAAAUUCAUCACGUUCACAUUCUGUUUUAACUAUUAAUUUAGAAUCAACUGUUUGUAUUAAACAAACAAAAGAUGGAUUGACAAAGAAUAAAUAUUCAAGAUUGAGUUUAAUUGAUCUUGCAGGUUCUGAGAGACAAAAGAGUACCGAAGCGGCAGGUACGAGAUUGAAAGAAGCUGGAAGUAUAAAUAAAUCAUUAUCUUGUCUUGGCAAUGUAAUUCGUUCUCUUGUUGACUUGGCCAAUGGAAAACCAAGACAUGUACAAUAUCGUGAUUCAAAGUUAACAUUUCUACUCAAGAGAGCAAAGAACAUUAGGAAUAUGGCGAUUGUCAAUGAAGAAGCAUCUGGUUCUGACUGUCGAUCCACAGUUGCAACCGUACGAGAUGAGAAUACACCAUUUGGAAGUGUUGCUCUCACGUUCGUUGGAGCGAGAGGAAUCGGCGUUGCUGCAACUCCAAAAGACGGAGCAGGCACGACGCUCUCUGAAGUUGCUCUGUGA